AUGUCCAGUUUCACUAAGUGGCUCAUCAAUAAGAGACUGCAUAAGUACUGCAAAGGGUAUUUCAUUAAUAUUCCAGUUGCAGUGAUGGAAAAGGCUUACCCCCCGUCGCUGCAACUGGAAGUUAACAACCCUCCGGGCGGCUUCCGAGGAGGUGAAGGCGACAGGUGCCGCGGGCCGUUCGGCACAGCCCGGCCAACAGCUGCCCCCAGCCCGGCGAGCGGCCCGCGGCCCGGCCGGCUGCCAGGCGCGGCGGGGGCUCGGCGGCAGCUGGGCCGCGCCCCGCCGGGCGCCGAGGGAGCGGAGCGGCCGCCGCCAGGCCCAGCAGCAGCGUCCCACCGCCCGGCUCGGCCCGCACGGCGGCACCGCGGGCUGGCGGGUGUGGGCGGGCGGGCGCCGAAGCGAGCCCCCAGCCCCGCCAGGCCCGCCCCCAAGCGCCGCAAGCCGGGCGGCUCCUCCUCUCCGCAGGGCGGGGGAUCCGGCGACCGCCCGCUUCUUCCUCCUCUUUCUUCGGCGGCUGCGGUGCGGGCGGCUGCGGGAGCUCCGGCGAGCGCGAUGGCUGCCAACUGCGAGCGCACCUUCAUCGCCAUCAAGCCCGAUGGGGUCCAGCGGGGGCUGGUGGGAGAGAUCAUCAAGCGGUUCGAGCAGAAAGGCUUCCGGCUGGUGGCCAUGAAGUUCGUGCACGCCUCUGAAGAUCUUCUCAAACAACAUUACAUUGACCUGAAAGACCGACCAUUCUACCCUGGUUUGGUUAAAUACAUGAACUCUGGACCUGUUGUGGCCAUGGUAUGGGAAGGACUCAACGUGGUUAAAACUGGGAGAGUAAUGCUAGGGGAAACAAACCCUGCAGACUCUAAGCCUGGUACCAUCCGUGGUGACUUCUGCAUUCAAGUAGGAAGAAACAUCAUUCACGGCAGUGACUCCGUAGAAAGCGCGCAGAAGGAGAUCAACCUGUGGUUCAAACCUGCAGAGCUUAUUGACUUCAAAUCUUGUGCACAUGAUUGGAUCUAUGAGUGAAAUGAGUUUCCACGAUGAAUUGUGCCUUCUUAACACGUCAUCUCAUUCCAGCUAUUGACCUGGGAGCAAUUAUCACCACGGUUAUCUUAGUCAUUUUCAGCACUGUCAAAUAAAUGGAUAUGAACUAA